AUGGUCAGACUUUUUCAGAAUGGUCUGGCAUCAGGCCUCAUGGCCUAUGCUUUCUAUCAACAAGCUCUGUCUGUGGAGCUUGCUGAGAUCGACUCGUAUGAAACAGCGACCAACACUCUGGAGAAGGUAGCUGUGUCCGGAUCCACUACGUCGACUUCAACCUCCUCCUUGGAUCUGCAGAACCAGCACUCGUUCUACUGGGGUGCGAUUAUCGUAGGUGGCGAGACCGACGUCCUGGGAAACUUCACAGUUGCCAUGCUGGAGAGUUAUGAGACUGUUCUUGCCAUGGAGGCGUUCAAAGACUUGGUCCAGAAUGUCACUUGCACCAACGGCACUAGUGCUAGUGUAACUGUUGCAUUCUCGGACUCAGCCUCGUACACUUAUGCCAAGAGUGCUUGGAGCUGGCUUAAUGAGGCAGAUCCUCAUUAUGUCCUGCUGGUGGCCGGUGCUGGUCAGUGUGGCUGGAAUACCGCCAGACAGCCCUUCAUCAUGACGGGAGCCAGCUUCCGAGACAACGUCAAUACUGCCAGGUUCACCGGAAAUGUGACUGAGUGGCAGAACUCCGUGAGCGAAUUUUCUCUCAGGAUUGCUAAGGCCGAGACCGAUGACCAGAUCGCCAUCGCCAAACGGGGUACCACCAAGAAGAGAGGAACGGGUACCAAGGACAGUACCAUUGACAUCGCCAAGGACUUUUCCUUCAGUGACAAAUCUCUGUUCGACAAGGACAGCGCUUCGCUGUCUGCCGGUUGCUCCACCUGCAAGACGUCGGGAAAAUUCGACAUGGUCUUUGAAUACUCGACUAGUGUCUUGAGUCUCCUCGGUAGCGAGAAGGCGUCUGUCACAUUGACGCCUAGUAAUGUCUCUGCCUAUCUCGAACCCCAGCUCCAGCUGUCUGGAAACCUGACCAAGUCGGAGGCUGACGAAGUCGACCUGGUCACCAUCCCGAUUGACGGCAUCAGCAUUGCGAAAAUCGCCACGAUUGGUCCCAUGGUCAAGAUUGCCCUGGGGUGGUCGGUCGGUCCUCUCGACGGCGAAGCCACCAUUGGCAUGGGUGUCGAGAUCGAUGUCAGUGACUCGGCCAAGGCGGAGCUGAGUUUCGACCAAAGCGCGAAGAAUGAAUUCAGCUUCGACCAGAGCGGAUGGUCUCCUACCGUCACCACCAAGGACUUUACGCUCGAUGCCAAGCUGGAGGCCAAUGUCGAGAUCUACGGCAAGGUGUCUGUGGAGAUUGAGUUCGACAUCCUCGGUUACGGCUGGGAGGGUGGUAUUUACCUUCAGCCCUAUGUGGGAGCUGACUUGGCUCUUGAGGCUUCCAGCCAGGGUGUUUGCUCGGCUGACUCGGCUGACUACCACUACGCCGUCGAAGUCACACCUUCUGCGGGCGUCAACCUGGUCGCUGAUGUCGCGAGUGCAAGUGACGAAGCUAAUCCUAUCACUUCCUGGGACAUUGCGUCCAUCGCUACCACGCUGUCUGAGAAGUGCUUUGGUUUUGACAAGGUUACUUCCACUUCAACCAGCACGACCACGACCAAGACCUCGGAGACCAGCUCCCAGACGACCAGCUCCAAAGCGAGCAGCUCCCAGACGACCAGCUCCAAAGCGAGCAGCUCCCAGACGACCAGCUCCAAGGCGAGCAGCUCCAAGGCGAGCAGCUCCAAGGCGAGCAGCUCCAAGGCGAGCAGCUCCAAGGCGAGCAGCUCCAAGCAGGCUUCUUCCUCCCACGCCGCGAAUUCGGCUACUUCCAAGGCGCACCCCAGCAGUGCCGCGGCGCAUGCUACUUCCACCUCGACCGCUUACACGACCUCCACCCACACCUCCUCCCACUCUGUCACCAUUACCCCGUCCCCUUCGCACAAGUCACGCCGCAAUAUUAUGGGAGGCCACGGCCGCCGCAAGUACUAA